AUGGAAAUACACGAGCCACCCAAAGCCUCCAACAAGGAGGGGCCUGUCUUGGCUGAGCCGGCUGUGCCGACCUGGGUGGAGGCCUUCUUGGAGGGAAGUGACCCCCGAGAUCAUGCUGCAUCAACGUGGAAAGAUCCGCCUGAGGCUCCUCCCUUGGAAAAGACCAUGGAACUCGGCACUGCCUCAUCGCUGACGCGGUGCGUCAUUGCUCCGGGCAACGGCUGCACACCCAUUCAGGAGUCGAAUUGGUAUGCCUGGCUGGCCGAGAACCUGCGGCACCAGGACCUGUUUCAGGAGGUACUUCUCCGCGACUUCCCAGACCCAUAUGAAGCAAAGCGAGAGGUCUGGCUGAAAUUUCUCAAAGAGGACCUUGCCGUUGGACCCGACACGGUGCUCGUUGGCCACUCCAGCGGCGCAGAAGCGGCCAUGCGCUUGGCAGAGCAGGAGGUCGUUGGUGGCCUCGUUCUUGUGGCGGCCUGUCACAGUGACUUGGGAGAUCCCGGCGAACGCGCUUCUGGUUACUAUCCUCCACAGGGAGGGCCAUGGAAUUGGGCGGCCAUCCGGAAGAACACCGGCUGGAUAGUCCAGCUGCACUCCCGUGACGAUCCUCUAGUUCCUGUUUCCGAGGGCAGGGCAGUUGCUCAGGAGCUGAACAGCGAAUAUAGGGAGAUGGACGACCAGUCUCAUUUCUUUGAGCCCUGUGAGGAUCUCUUGAAGGUCAUAUGUGCCAAGUUGGCAUAA